GUCUGACAACACUGGCACGAGCGUCCGAAAGCAGGCCCCGGAAGGGCAGGAGGUGGACCGUCCCUCUGCGGCUCCAAUCACUUACCGCAGGGAUUUUUGCACGCUUUCAUGCAAGGAACACUGCCCCACUCCCUGGCAACCUGCAUGCAAAGGGAUAUGAAGCAGCAUCGGCAGUCUCCGUCCCAUUCCCGCGCUGCAGCGGUGACCAUUUCCGCGCAACCUCGAGGCUGGGAUCCUUGUUCUCCUUCUCAUUCAAGGCCAUCUGCCAGUCAACCAUCCCCGCUUUUCUGUCCACCUGUCGAAAAGAACAGGUCCUCGUUGCCCACACGUGCCGCGUUGUUCCAGCCUGAAUGCGGAUCGGGGCGUUUUGCAGAGUCUGCGCGCUCGAGCCAAGUCAGUGGGAGCGGGUUGGGAAGAUACCUACUCCGGACAUCUGAUCAUAUACUUAUGCCGUGAAUGUCCCAGGCUCCAGUCCAUCUGCGUGGCGGCGGGCUUUGUGCGGUGUAUAUAUUGACCCCCCCUCGUGCGAGCCAUGCGUCUCCAAAUCCCCACAUCUCCUUCUUUUCCGUCUCUAGCCUUGGACGCUUCCGUUUGUUUGCGUCGAAAUGUCCACAGGAGCCACCUCGUGGCCCACCAAAACCGAGUUUCCCGACAGUCGGGAGCAGGGUCCUUUCUCCUGGCUAGUCCGCGACGGGCCGGAAUACGAAGAGCGCAAGAAGCGCGCCCAGUUCGUGCCACCUACAGUGUCGAUCAAGGACGUUCACGCUGUCGUGCCACGGCACCUGUUCGAAAGAAACACGGCCAAAGGGCUUUACUAUGUGGCGCGGAUAGUUGGCCUCAGUGUGCUCUUCUACCUAUACGCGACUCAGGUUGACGAGCUAUCUUGGCGUAUCGCUUCUGCAUUGAGUCUUGGUCCCUCUGGACGGACCUUGGUAUCCUGGAGCCUCUGGAUAUUCUACUGGUUCUGGCAGAGCAUAACAUUCGCCGGAUUCUGGACACUCGGGCAUGAGUGUGGUCACGAAUCGAUUUCUCAUUAUGCAUGGGUGAAUCAUGCUGCCGGGAUGAGUCUCCACACCUUCGUCUUGACGCCCUAUUUCGCGUGGAGGCUCACACACCGCACCCAUCAUAAAGGAACGAACAAUCUUGCUCGUGAUGAGACCUACCAUCCCAUGACGAGGAAGGAUCUGAAACUCCCAGAUGCUGCACAGGCGACUGCGUUCGACUACAAAGAGCUGAUCGAAGAGACGCCUGCUUAUACUCUGUUCAAGAUGGUGAUCAGGCAGUUUUUGGGCUUCCAGCUGUAUCUCAUACAUAACCGCAAAGGCAACCCGAAGUAUCCUCCAAGGACCAGCCAUUACAACCCGUCAUCGAAGCUGUUCAAAGCACAAGAUAGAAGUUACAUUAUAAUCUCCGACAUCGCCAUCGGCUGUAUGUUGCUCAACCUUUUAGUGUGGUCGUACCAGUCCGGCUUCCAUAGCGUCUGGAGUCUGUACUUUGUUCCUUGGCUCUGGGCGCAUAACUGGAUCGUCAUGUUCACUUAUCUGCAGCACAGCGAUCCCACCGUCCCAUAUUAUCGUGAGAAAUCAUGGACGUUUGUCCGGGGCGCACUUGCCACUGUCGAUCGGCCUGUCUUUGGCUGGAUCGGGGAGUUCUUCUGGAACGGCAUCAACCAUUAUCAUGUCGCGCACCACUUCUUUGUCACCAUCCCUUUCUACAACCUAGCGGAAGUGACAGAGGCAAUCAAGCCGGUGUUGGGAGACUACUACUGCUACGACUCCACGCCGACGCUGUACGCGCUCUGGCGUUCCUUCACGCAAUGCACAUUCAUAGAGGACGACGGCGACGUCUUGUUCUUCAAGAACCAACGUGGGGAAGCUCUGCGCGACUACACUGGGGUAACCGUCCCAAGUCCUCACCACAAGGAUAAACGCCUCGAAGACCACGAAGACGAAGCUUACAAGCUAGCAGGCUUGUAGUGCCCUUCGCGGUUAUGCAUACCCAAUCUUCGCUCCCGAGCGGAGUAGAGCCCUGGUACGGCGGUACCGAACAGCUUCUAGGUCUUGUGCGCGUAGACCUGAUGCCUUAGGCAACUCUACAAUAAAGUCUUCCAGGCGAAGAUGUUUUUAGAAACCG